AGAGUGUGUGUGGUUCCCUCCGCGGCAGCAGGGGGCGCAGUGUCACCUGAAGAACAUCCUAGCUAGACUCUAACACUUCCGUUUCCGAGAGGCAGGGAGACGCAACAUCAACAUCCACAGACACAUUCAGUUCAUAACCUAAAACUCUCAACAUUACUAGCGGAGUCUGAGGAUGUCGGGACAGAAGCGUCCUGCUGACCCUAGCGGCCCUUCGUCCUCCGGUGCGCCCCCAGAGAAGCGGAGGGACAGGGAAGGAGAGGACGGAGGACCCGGUGUCGGCGCCGCGGCCGGGGGUAGCACCGCGGUGGAGACGGUCAUCAAAUUGGGAGGGGUGUCCAACUCAGAAGAACAAGACAUCAAAGCUCUGCAAACCAAGAACAGGAAGUUGGGGGAGUCACUAGAUCAGAGACAGGUGAUUGAGGAUGAACUGCGAGAGCGAAUUGAGAGACUGGAGACUCGCCAGGCUACUGAUGACGCCAGUCUGCUGAUCCUCAACAGAUACUGGAACCAGUUUGAUGAAAACGUUCAGCUCAUCAGCCGGCGUUACGACCAAGCGAGCAGUGAGCCUGAGAAAUCUCCAACAGGUGAGGGACGGAGUCUGAAGCCGGAGACGCCGGAACCUGAUGGCGACUCCAACCAGGAGAGGGCCAAGGACAGAGGACACCAAGGAGAGACGUCCAACUCCUUCCUGGCCACGCUGGCCAGCAGCAGCAGUGAGGAGAUGGAGGCAGAGCUUCAGGAGAGGGUGGAGUCCAGCCUGAAACAGGCCAGUCGUGUGGUGGAGAUCUACGUGUGUCUGAAGAACACAGUGGAUCAGCUCAAAGCAGAGCUGGACUCUGGAGCGGAGGGCACUUUGUGGCAGGUGGCCUCCAAACUCAACUCACUCCUGACCAGUGAAAAUGAGCGGCUGCAACAGCUGACCGAGGACCUCAAGCAGAAGUACAGCCACAUGACCAGUGAGUCCCGGUCUCUGGGUCGCGCAGCUAACAAGGCCGACCAGCGCGUCAGCGAGCUGCAGGUUCUCAUCGAGGAGCUGCAGUGGGACAUGGAGAAGAUCCGCCGCCGAGAAAACCGACUGAAUGCGCAUCUGACCGAGAUCCUGGAGAGGGUAAACAGCAAAGGGUACAAAGUGUGCGGGGAGGCCAGCAGUGUAUGUGGAACCAUCACCAUUAACAAAAGAAAGUUUGAGGAAAUGAACAGUGAGUUGGAGGAAAACAGGGAGCUGGCAGAUAAUCGUCUUAUUGAGCUGCAGAAGCUCCAGCAGGACCUGCAGAAUGUCCACCAGGAGAAUAACAACAUGAAGACUGAGCUGCUGAGUCGGGCUGAAGGGAUGGUGAAGGAGACUUCUGAGUAUCGCUGCUUACAGUCACAGUUCUCCGUUCUCUACAACGAGUCUCUUAUCCUGAAAGCUCAGCUGGACGAGACACGCGCCCGGCUCAACACUACUCGCACGGCCCGCCUUCGACAGCUGGAGCACAUGGAGAACGAUGAGGUGGCUCUGCAGAGGAAGGUCCGCACAGAGGUGUUUCAGCUGGAGGACACGCUGGCCCAGGUCAGGAAGGAGUAUGAGAUGCUGCGCAUCGAAUUUGAACAGACUCUGGCUGCCAACGAACAAGCAGGUCCUAUCAACAGGGAGAUGCGUCACCUGAUCAGCACGCUGCAAACUCACAACCAGCAGAUGAAGGGAGAGGUGGUGAAGUACAAGUUGAGGCUGAGAGAGACGCAAGCGGAGCUCAACCAGGUCCGUGCUUCAAAGGGAAACGCCAUUCUCCAGUCCCAGUCAAGCACAGAGAUGGAUGUGAAGGAUGAAACAAUCUCUCCCUCUACUCCAGCUGUUUCUUCAGAACCUGUGGUCAAAACCGAGCCCGACAACGGCUCCUCCACGCCCAGCAGCACUGGGACCUCAGUCAAAACAGAGCCCGGUUUAGAACCAGAUGCGACCGUAAAGGAGGAGGAGAAGGAGGAGAAGAAGGAGAAGGAGGAGAAGAAGGAAAAGGAGGCCAUCAAGAAAGAGGAGAAAGAACGAGAGCGGGAGAAGGAGAAGGAAAAGGAGAGAGAGCGGCCGACGCGAGGCGGCGGCGGCGGCGGCGGGAGCAGCAGCUUGAUAAAGGAAGAGAAGGAGAAGCCGGGGAGCAGCGGCCAGCUCGAGGAGCCGGCCGGGGAGCGCCUCUCUAUGGUCGGGGGCUCAAAGAGGAAGGAGAUGGAGCAGCUGAAGAUCGUCCGAGCAGAACUCAAGAAAGCCCAGGAGUCCCAGAGGGAGAUGAAGCUGUUACUGGACAUGUAUCGCUCAGCACCCAAGGAGCAGAGGGACAAAGUCCAGCUCAUGGCCGCGGAGAAGAAGGCAAAGUCAGAGGGAGAGGAGCUCCGACAGAGGCUGAGGGAGCUGGAGGAGAGGGAGAGGAGGGAAGGCAAGAAGAUGGCUGACGAAGAGGCUCUGAGGAAGAUCCGCUCAGUGGAGGAGCAGAUCGACAUCCUCAACAAGAAGCUGUCUAUAGCCAAACAGGAGGAGGACGCGCUCCUGAGCGAGAUGGACGUGACGGGCCAGGCCUUCGAGGACAUGCAGGAACAGAACAUCCGCCUCAUGCAGCAGCUCAGGGAGAAAGACGACGCCAACUUCAAGCUGAUGAGCGAGCGCAUCAAGUCCAACCAGAUCCACAAGUUGCUGAAAGAGGAGAAGGAGGAGCUCGCCGACCAGCUCCUCACUUUAAAAACUCAGGUCGAUGCCCAGCUGCAGGUGGUGAGGAAGCUCGAGGAGAAGGAGCGCCUCCUGCAGGGCACCAUCAGCACUGCUGAGAGGGAGCUGACGCUUCGAACACAAGCUUUAGACAUGAACAAACGCAAGGCUCAGGACUCCGCGUUGCUCUCCGAGGAGGUGCGGACUCAGCUGGAGCAGGUUCAGCAGAGACUCAGCCUGGUCAGAGAGGAGGUCAUCGAGAACAGCAUCUCCAGAGAAAAAGAGUCCUUCAACGCGCGACGAGCGCAGGAGGACAUCUCCAAGAUGAGGAGAAAGAUCGAGAAGGCCAAGAAACCGGCCGAGAAGAUCAGCAACGGAGACGACAUCCUUAACGAGGAAAUCAACGACUACAAGGCUCGUCUAACGUGUCCGUGCUGCAACUCCCGGGUGAAGGAUGCCGUCCUGACAAAGUGCUUCCACGUCUUCUGCUUCGAGUGUGUGAAGACGCGCUACGACACCCGUCAGAGGAAGUGCCCCAAGUGCAACGCGGCCUUCGGAGCGAACGACUUCCAUCGCAUUUACAUCGGCUAAAGCCGCGGUCUCUCCCCCUUCACUGGCGAAGAAGGGGGUCAGCAAAAACGAGCGGCAGCAGUAGUCGUAGCAACACUGCCUGGAGCAGCACUCGGCCUCGCGCUCAUGUGCGUGUCACCUCUGCUCUGAGUACGAACCCCCUCCUCCCCUCCUCUUAAAUGUGAAAGAGACUAUUAGUGAGAAGUCACCCGGGGCUGCAGUGAUGCUCUCAAUGGAACGCUUUAACUUUUAUUUUAUUCUAUUUUUUAAAGAAUGACUGAAAGCCUCUCCCAUCCAGUAUCCACUACUUUACUGUGUGCUUGUUCAGACGCUGGUGCACUAAGGCUUGUGGAGUGUGUGUUUGUGUGUGUGUGUGUGUGUAUGUGCGCGCGCUCAUUUGAGAACAGGCAAUAAAAACGGUGCACAACAACAAAAAAAAAAGUGCAGCGAAAAGGCAACAUUCCAGCUGGGGUUGUGGCUGUUUGUAUUUCGUCGAUAUGUAUGUACAUUGUGGUUGUCACACUUUUUUAUUUUUUCAAAACCUGCCUGUUCCUGCUCCAGACUGCUCCCACAUCUCUAAAAAAAAAAAAAAAAAUCUCCUGACUCUGUGCUGUAUAAUUGCUGUUCUACUAGUUAUUAAACUGAUAUCUAAAAUGUG